GCAUAAGCCGAGAGACGGCUUUUCCCUCCCUGAAUCUCUUCCCAGGAGAAAAUUUCCCGGAAAAUCUCAACUCUCACAAUAGGGGAAAAAUGGACGGAAAGUUAGAAAUCUCGAUCGACAAGCUCCCCGUCAAGCGGCUGGAGGCCAUCGAGCAAAAUUGCACCGAACGCUUCCCGACGUACGUCGUGGGCGGAGGAGAGGAACUGAAUGCUGUGCCAGUUGACCUACUGGCCGUGCGCUACUUAGAUUACAGCUUCUGCUCUUCUCUCGACUGACAAAACUGGAAAUUUCUAAUGAUGCUGUAACAGUUGCUUGUAUGAAUAAGCCAAAACUACCUGAUGACCAGCUGCCUGUCCUUGCUGUAUCUACUGCGACCAAGCUACGAUGAUACCAUCAACUUGGCAAAUGCCUCAAGCAGUCUGCCAAAGCUUUGGAUCUGCAAGUGGCAAGAGAAGCAAUAUUUUAUGGUGCUUUAAUCAGGUAUGCGUGUAUGUACAUAAAAGAUGUACUGCCCAGCUAACAGCAGAACUGGAAAGUUAAACGCCAGAGACUAGCUGCACUUGCCCCUGGUUCACGUUUGACCUGUAUCAGUAUGACAACUCAUUAUACGACCCAGCAGCUGUUCGGCUGACCUCUCUUUGUACAAUUCGAAUUGAACACGACCUAGCUGGCAUGCUUGCAAUAAAUUUGCCUCAAAAGGCGCUUCAUUCACUUCACUUUGGUUUUCUAGGUUUAGACUCCAAUAAAGAUCGUAGUAAGACAGCCAGUAAAAUCAGAACCAAUUAUUCAAUUGAGCAUAUAUCAAAAGGAACCGAGAAAGAUUCUGUUGACGGCAAUGGAAGUGUGAAAGGAACACAUUCCCUGCUCCGUGAAGUUCAUCAAGCGAUCUUUGACAAGCAGGUAUUUGAUAUAGUGAACCGUGAAGCAGUUAACCAAUCUUUAGGAGUCAACAUAACUGGAAUUCGAGAAAACUAUCUACCGCUGAGCAUUGGUCCAGAAACCUCUGUGUUUGUAUCUUUUUCACCUUGUGGUCCAGGAUGAAUCAACAGCUUUUAUUGGUAGGAUCCCCCAGGAUUUGAAUCUGUAACAUCUGGGUUCAGCUGAAGAUGAAACAUUCCAAAGCACUUGGGUUUUCCCAAUUCUACUAGUUAUGAAAUAUACCUCCGCCAGAUAUUUCACGAGAAUGUUCUCAUGAAAGCAAAGGAGAAACCCGUUUGUACAGGCACUCGCGUACAUACUCCCCGAGUGAAGGAUGAGCCCAGUCUUCUCAGUCACUUCUGCUUAUCUCUGGCUCAUAGAACACUUUCAAACAAAGUUCUUAUGGAGCUAGAAAAAGUGGUUUGCAGAGUCCCGUAUCUCCAUUUGAUAUCUCAUCCCACUUGGCAUUCCAUGACAUCUUUAUGGAUGAUCUUAAUGAGAGUACCGCCAACCAUUCUCUAUGCAAAUUCUCCAUCACAGUCCUCAGACAUCCAAAACAUGAAGAGAACUGUUAUUAAAUCGGAGUUUCGAAACAAGGUUAUGGUGAAUGAUGAUCACAUCCACAUUGAAGCAGAGGGUGCUCCCAAUGUUGUUGGUCUCUUCGAUGGGAGUUCUAAAUAUAGAUGCAUGACCAAAAAGUAUGAUUGCGAUUUGGUCGAUCUUCCUGUCACAAUUCUGCAGCAGGUUGCAAGCCAAGUCAUCCGCUGGCUGCACGAGGAAACUCUCGGGGCGGGAAUGAAGCCAACUCGGGAUUUCUUAUGCUUGUCUUUUGAGUUGGAUCAAGGCGACUUACUCAGCCUGGUGGCCCACGUAGACCCGGAAGACACACAGGGAUGCAUAUCUUGGUGGUUGGUCAUGGAUGGAAAUUUUGCAGAAGAGAGGAAACUCUAUGCUGAUGUCGCUGUAGAUGGAUCAUCCGACUACCGGAAGUUCUUGGGGUAUCUUACCUUGGAUGUGUUGCAUUCAACCCUGAUGGACUUGGUCAGUUUGUGCAGUGGAGCAAGAGGUGGUGGAGGCCAUUAACAUGGUGUUUGUCAUAUAGAAGGCUCUGCUACAUAUCCAGAUGACUAAAUCUUGAAGCUAAGAACCCAUAAAAGAGAAACUGAAAAAGAGAGCCAUGUGCCCCUGAACUUGAACAUGAACCCACCCUAGAACAGAGGAAUUUUCAGCCUUUUUUCUCUUAUCUAUCAAAAUUCCAAGUUCCAACAGCCUGCAAUUUAGAUACCAAACUUUGCCUUCCUUCCAUCAUCUUCACAGGAUUCCACUCUUUAAUGUUUUGCCUUUUUGGGUCUAGGGUUUGUGGUUAUCCAACAUGGAAGAGGCCCUUUCACGCUGAAAAAGAUUGAGCUGGAAACCAACUGCAGUUUUAUUGCAAAAGAGAGUGG